AUGCUUCGCGGUCAUUCCCUCCAGUUAGCCCAAGUCGCCCUCGUCGUCUUCCCCUGCUUCUUCCUCUUUGGAUACAAUCAGGUCGACGUCGGGGGUCUUCUCUCCUAUCAAAGCUGGACGGAAGCAUUCCCCCAGAUUGACACCAUCCACGCCACCGAUGCCACCGAAUCCCACAGAUCCGUCAUCCAGGGCGUGUAUGUAUCCUCGUUCACGCUUGGAGGUGCAGUGGGAUCGCUAUCCUGCUCCCUCAUGGGCGAUGUUCUCGGUCGUCGAAAGACCAUUUUCCUUGGUGCGAUUCUCACCCUUGUUGGUGAGCUGAUCUCGUGUACUUCGUUCCAUCUGCCUCAAUUGCUGGUCGGUCGGAUCGUCACUGGUCUUGGGGUGGGUGUGUUGAGUACGAUGGUGCCUGUUUGGCAGUCAGAGUGUUCUCCUGCUGUCAAUCGGGGGAAGCAUGUUGUCAUUGACGGCAUCUUUAUCACGAGUGGCUAUGCUGUUAGCCAAUGGGUCAAUUAUGGCUUCUCUUAUAUCGACCAGCAUUCUGUUUCGUGGAGAGUUCCCCUGGCCAUCCCGUGUGUCACGUCUCUCAUUCUCCUUUCAUCCAUCUUCUUCUUCCCUGAAUCUCCUCGCUGGCUUGUCCGUGUUGGCAGAGGUGAACAGGCUGCUCAGAUUCUCGGAAGAGUCAAAGAUAAAGACCCUGAGAGUGCCGAGAUCCGACAAGAAGUGGCUGGAAUUGAGUUCUCACUGGAAGAAACAGCACGAAAUGCAGCCUCGAUCAAGGACAUCUUCACCAUGAAAGACGGCAAGCUCUUCUACCGCUUCAUGCUGUGCAUCGGUCUACAAUUCUGGAUCCAAAUGACCGGCGCGAAUGUCAUCAGCACCUACUCGACGACCAUCUUCCAGCAGAAUCUGGGCUUAUCCAGCGGUCUCUCUCGCAUCCUCUCCGGAAGUGCCUUGACCUGGAAAUUCCUCGCAUCGUUUGUGGCUUUCUUCACGAUUGACCGGUUUGGACGACGCAAGCUGUUCCUGUUCUGUGGAACUGGCAUCACCCUCUGCAUGAUGUCAAUGGCCAUUACAUCCUCCUUCUCGAGCAACAACCACGGCGCUGCAAUCGGGAGUGCCUUCUUCCUCUUCCUGUUCAACUUUUUCUUCCCCAUCGGCUUUCUGGGCCCGAGUUUUCUCUACUGCACUGAAGUGGCCCCGAUUCGACUGCGGGUGGCGAUGACUUCGAUUUCGACGGCGAAUCACUGGCUAUGGAACUUUCUCGUCCAAAUGGUCACCCCUAUCGCGUUGUCGGAAGUGGGUUUUAAGUACUACAUUCUCUACACCCUGAUCGGCAUCACCUUUCCCACCACCGUCUAUUUUAUGUAUCCUGAAACAAUGGGCCAGAGCUUGGAGAAACUGGAGGACUUGUUCCAGCAGGAUUUGUCGGUCUUUGAAACGGUGCGCAUGGCGAAUAAACUGGCCAAAAUGCCCGUGUCGGAGGGUGUCGCCGAGGAUCUCAAAGCGCAGAUGGAGCAGAUUGAAGACACAAAAGCUGUAUAA